AAGCCGGCUACUCCCCGAAAAUGCCCCGCCCUACGGUUCGUUUGUCGUUGGGGCUGCUAAGCAGCAAAGAAGAAAGUCCUUCCGCCCAAUUAUUAGUAAGGCGGUGGUCGUAGAUCACCAGAACAAGCAAGCAACGGAGGGAGCCCCUAUUUGAGUAAGCUGAUCGUAGACCACCGUCGCUAACGCCCCUGUUGAGUUUUGGUUUUCUUGCUGGAUGCUUCUGAUCAAUAGGAAGAGGAGGAAAAAAAAAAGCUUAUGAUGAGCAUCUAUUUGAGUCGAUCAUUUCCAAGAUCUAAUUCCAGUUUUUUCUUAUGUAGUGGAAACGCCUCACAAUCUGCAGUUUUACGCUUAAGGGAAGAAAUGUUCUUGGUGGAUGCAGGACCUGGGACCCCCAGAAUUUGUAUGCAAGAUGAGCCUACAGGAGUGCCAAUCAACCGAGCCACCAGGUUUGAGAAUAAGGUGGGAUCCCUGGAUGUAGUGGCUGGUGAAUCACUGAUCAAAGAGCAGAUUUUGGAGAGAUUCUUCAUCGAUCUAGUGGCCGGUGAAUCACUGAUCAAAGAGCGAGCAGCCGCCAGGUUUAAUGAUUUGGUGGGAUCCAUAGAUGUAGUGGCUGGUGAACCGCUUCUUCUUCUUCCACGAAGAUUCAGACAAAACCGAGCUUGGAUGGAACUGAACAAGAUUUGGCGAACGAAUACACAGGUAAAAGGCUUUAUUAUUGAGAAAGUAAAAGGAGGUUAUUCAGUAGCCAUCGCAGGUUUCAUUACUUUUCUUCCAUUCCGCCCUCUCAUAACUCAAAGGAUAGCGAAUGAUCGAUUCACCAUUGAGAGCAUUAAACCAAAAAGGACGAAUAUUGUGGUGUUCUAACAGCGGCAGAUCAAACAAGAACUUGAUGAGCGUUACGAAAAAAAAAAAAAAAAGACAAUUGAGAAAUUCCGAAGCCUAGCGUCUCCUGA